AGCUGCUGACCUUCGACCUGGCACAGACAUGUUCCAUGCAUUUCUGGGAAGUCAUGCUGCCUUCUCUGCACUGGCUCCUGCUCCUGUGGGGACUUCAAGGUCUCUGUGCACAGGACUAUGGUGAAGACUAUGAGGAAGAGGUGGUGACCACCAAGAAGAAGCUCAAAGUAAUUCCCUCCAAUUCCAUACCGCAGAAAUCACUCAUAGAUGAAGAUUGCAGUUUGGAGAUAGCCUUCCUGAUCGACAGCUCGGAGAGCGCCAAGGACAACCAUGCCCAGGAGAAGCGCUUCGCCUCGGACGUGAUGGGCCGGCUCCAGAACCUUCAGCUGCAGACGGGCCGGGGCCUCAGCUCCAGGGCCGCCCUCCUCCAGUACAGCAGCCAUGUCAUCAUAGAGCAGACCUUCAAACAGUGGAAGGGUAUUGAAGACUUCAAGGCUCGAAUCACACCCAUCGCGUACAUCGGUCACGGCACCUACACCACCUACGCCAUCACCAACCUCACCCGUAUCUACCUGGAGGAGUCGGGUCCCAGCAGCAUCAAGGUGGCCGUCCUGCUCUUCGACGGCGUCUCACACCCGAGGAACCCAGAUAUAUUUUCGGCCGUGGCUGAUGCCAAAAACCAGGGCAUCCGGUUCUUCACCAUCGGCAUCACACCUGAAGCCAACGAGCAGGCCAACGUAGCCCAGCUGCGGCUAAUCGCUAGCUCCCCUGCCUCCCGCUACCUUCACAACCUGCAGGACCGAGCUAUUGUGGAUAAAUUCAUCAAGGAGAUUACGGCUCUGGCAGAUGAAGGGUGUCCUCUGGCCCAGAGCAAGUGUGCUUGUGACAAGGGUGAGAGGGGACCCAGCGGCCCUGCUGGCAAGAAGGGCCGUCCUGGAGAAGAUGGAAACCCCGGCACGAAAGGACACAAGGGUGAGGGUGGGCUCAGUGGACUUCCUGGUCGGGAAGGAUCUGAGGGGAAAUCUGGAUACAAAGGAGAGAAGGGAGAGAGAGGGGAGUGUGGCACUCCUGGAAUCAAGGGAGACAGAGGUCCUGAAGGUACACUCGGCCCAAGAGGAAAUCGUGGACUCCAGGGUUCAGUUGGUCCACCUGGCGACAAUGGGCCUGAAGGUCCAAUGGGUAAAAAAGGGGAAAGGGGACUUUCUGGGCCACCUGGAAUCCAAGGGGAAACUGGGAUCGGCCUUCCGGGACCCAAGGGUGCUGUGGGUUACCACGGGCCUACAGGGCCUUCUGGUCCUCAGGGACUUGGCGAGCCUGGACCACCGGGGCCUCAAGGGUCACAGGGAGUCCAAGGAGAAAGAGGACAGAUCGGAGAGGGUCUCCCUGGACCAAAGGGCGGGCGAGGCUUGGACGGGCCGCGGGGGCUCCGAGGACAGCCGGGCGUCGGACUCAAAGGAGACAAGGGGGACUUCGGCCCCCCGGGUCUUCCAGGGCCACUCGGCCUCCCAGGAGUUGGCAUACAGGGCGAGAAGGGUGUGGAAGGACCAAGGGGCCCAUUGGGGAGCAGAGGCCCCGCAGGAGAGGGCUUUGCUGGAUCCAAGGGGGACCAGGGGUUGCCGGGCGAGGUUGGCGGCCCAGGAGAGAGAGGGGCCGGAGACCCUGGAGCGAAGGGGGAGCCGGGGUCUACGGGGCUGUCCGGUCUGCCCGGCCUGCCAGGGGAGGACGGAGCCCCGGGACAGAAGGGAGAGACAGGACCCACAGGCCUCAGGGGGUUAGAGGGGACCCCUGGAAUUGGCAUCCAGGGUGAGAAGGGCGACCAAGGCCAGAGAGGGAUCCGGGGCCUGCACGGCCCCCCCGGCAUCGCUGGGCCCUCAGGACCAAAGGGAGAACCAGGGGCGCAGGGCAGGGGGGGCUCAGCCGGGCCCCCAGGACGCUUCGUCUCUGGGCCAAAGGGUGAUGUUGGCCCGAGUGGUCCUCCUGGUCCGCUCGGUGAGACUGGCUACGGACUUCCUGGUCCAAAGGGGGACCGUGGAGACUUUGGCCCUUCAGGUCCAUUCGGCCCCAAAGGAGAGGGCUUCCCCGGCCCCUCGGGCCCUCCUGGUCUGCCUGGACUCACAGGAGAACCCGGACAGGAAGGAGUGGGCAUCCCUGGACCAAAGGGGGAUGUCGGUUACCGAGGGUUGCCAGGUUUGCCAGGACCUCUGGGCGAGGGCCUCCAAGGACCUCUGGGUAACGCUGGGCGGCCUGGCCCCUCAGGGCCGACAGGGCCACAAGGACAAGGAGUUCAGGGACCAAAGGGGGAGCAGGGGUCCCAGGGUGUGACAGGGACGAGGGGGUUGCCUGGAGAAGGCUUUUCUGGAGCUAAAGGUGACCGAGGCUCUGGAGGGGAGAGGGGGCUGAAGGGAAUCAAAGGAGAGCUGGGAGACCCUGGAAACGCUGGGCAGCCUGGCAGCUCUGGUGUCAAAGGUGAAGCCGGCCUCACUAGGGACGACAUCAUUCGGAUGAUCAAAGAGAUCUGUGGAUGUGGGAUCAAGUGUAAGGAGAGGCCCAUGGAGCUGGUGUUUGUCAUUGACAGCUCAGAGAGCGUGGGCCCGGAUAACUUUGAGAUCAUCAAGGACUUUGUGGCGGCGCUGGUGGACCGCGUCACGGUGGGCCGCAACGCCACCAGGAUCGGCCUGGUGCUGUACAGCCUGGAGGUGAAGCUGGUGUUCAACCUGGCCCGCUACAACACCAAGCAGGACAUCAAGCAGGCCAUCAGGAACAUCCCGUACAUGGGAGAGGGCACUUACACCGGGACAGCCAUCCGUAAAGCCACCCAGGACGCGUUCUACAGCUCCCGUGUGGGGGUCAGCAAAGUGGCCAUCGUGAUCACUGACGGGCAGACGGACAAGCGGGAGCCGGUGAAGCUGGAUCUGGCCGUACGAGAAGCUCACGCCGCCAAUAUCGAGAUGUUCGCUCUGGGGAUUGUGAACACCUCAGACCCAACACAGGCCGAAUUCAUGAGAGAACUCAAUCUGAUCGCCUCGGACCCCGACACCGAGCACAUGUUCCUCAUCGACGACUUCAACACUCUGCCAGCGCUGGAGUCCAAGUUGGUCAGCCAGUUCUGUGAGGACGAGAAUGGAGCCCUGAUAUAUAACAGAAUAACAAAUGGCUACAACGGCAAUGGGAACAACGGAUACAGGAACGGAAACAACGGGAAGUACGCCGUUGGAGGAUAUCCCUUCAGGCCUUCCACUGAGCAGCAGGUUCGUAACACCGGCACCAACACAGGGGUCCAGGUCGACUCCAAACAGCAGGGCGGCACAGGGUCCAGCACAGGGUCCAGCACAGGGUCCAGCAAAGGAUCCAGCACAGGACAUGGAGGAGGAAGUCAGUAUGUGUUGACUGGAAACGAGCGCGGGGACACAUUUAACCGCAACACCUCAGAGGGAGAGGAAUCCUCCAGUACGAGAGGCUCCUCCUCCUCCUCAUCUUCUUCCUCAAGAACAACCAUAUCAUCCUCGGGAGUAUCCAUAGAGCGCGUGAAGCCAGCUCUUCCCAAAGAGAGCGUGCCGCUGGACCCUCACUGCGGCCUGGUUCUGGACCAGGGCACGUGUCGAGACUACAACAUCCGCUGGUACUACGACAAGCAGGCCAACGCCUGCGCACAGUUCUGGUACGGAGGCUGCAACGGCAACAAGAACCGCUUUGACACGGAGGACGAGUGCAAGAGGACGUGUGUGAUCAUCGCCUGAUAUCUGGUGACUCAUCCCUUCAAUGUUAACAUGUCACUCACACCUAGCCUGUCAUACAGAGAAAUUGACACAAUUUCCUCAGCUGAAAUGAGGACAUAAGAAUGUUAUUGGUUCAAAAGUACUGACUUUUAUGGGGUUUUUUUCAGGAUGCUGAGUGAAGGCAUCUGUCAAACAUCUGCUGUAGGAGAGGCAGCUAACAUCAGCUAUUUUUCAUAGGGUUGUGUAGUUUCUGCAUAAUCCUCCGGCAUUUACAUUUACACUGAUGUUCUAUAUCCCUGUUACAAUUAUGUCUGUCCUGUUUAACUCAUUGUAAAAUCAUCUUCCUGUAAUUAUAGUGAAAGAGAUCCCAUUUUGACAGAUACCUCCGUUGUUUUUUAUCUCAGCAUCUAACUCAGGAGAUAGUCCAGCGCUCCUACUCAGGAAUACAGAUGAGCUUCACUGUGUGCGUUCUUUUUCCAGGGAUCCCCACACCUCUCGGACACGAUCACGUUUGUGAGAGCUGCAAAGAUUGUGAAAAAAAUGACUGACCAGUAAAUCCUCUGGUACCUUGUCAGGGUCAGAAUCAGAAAUCAAUGUGCCACAAUAGUGUAGUGUAGCCGUUCAUUUUUUUACUCCAAAAUAUAAAUGUAUGUCCUUUUUUAGUGCAUCAUCGCAAGAGCCAAUAACACACAAAUGAAGCCUCUCAUUACUUAUAUCAAUAACAUGUAUGUUGUCCUUAUAUAUAAAUGACUGAUGCUCUGUAACUUCAUGGAAUAACUGCAUUUGAAUGUGUUUUGUUUGUUGAAUUAAAAUGUGAUUUUUUUUUUAAUGUUUUUUUUCUUAUUACUGCUUAUAUUUGCAGUAAACUGAUGGACGGACUCACAUACACACACACACACACACACACACACACACACACACACACACACACACACACACACACACACACACACACUGCCCUCUACUGGGUAACACAUGCUCAUGUCACUGAAGUGUUACCACAGUACAACAUACUAUGACUGUACUUCCAUUGUUGGUUUGUCACUAUAUUACCCAUCUGUACUGUAUACAUCCAUAUUGUACUGUUACAUGUUCAACAUUUGAUGUCAAACAUUCUAAAUAAAUCUGAUCCAAACUAA